UGAUGAGCGUGGCGAGCGGCCAGUGACGGCUGCUCCGCGAUGGCGGCGCCCGGGCCGUGAGGAGGCGGCGGCGAUGUCGGGCCAGGGCGCCUGGCUGCGGGCGCGGGCGCGGCUGCGGCGGUUCCCCGCGCUGCUGGCGGGCUGCAGGGAGCAGGCGGCUGCUUACGGCCGGUGCGUGGCGGCGGCGGCGAGCGGGACGGCGGAGCUGCGGCGAGACGCCUGCCUGGAGGAGUUCCGGGCGCUGCGGGCCUGCUUCGACCGGGCGGCGAAGGCGAUGCCAAAGUAGCGUCGGGAAUGGCCCCGGAGCCCCUCACCCCGUGCACCUGCCUGGAGACGCUUCGGACAAAUAAAGAUCUAUAAAUCCAAA